CGGACCUCAUAAUAUUUUGCUGGCACUCUUUUUACGCACAGCCGCGGCCUGACUCUGCUGUCUGCCCUCUCCGCCUUCACCAGAGCCUCUUUACGCACGGGUCCUGCAGCGAACUGUGUCCACUGGCCCCCUGAUACCUGCGCGCAAGCCUGACCGACUUUUUCUUAAGGUGUCAAAUAAGGACAGAGAAGGAGAGCAGGACAUGUUUGAGAUGUGGAGGGGACUCAGCGGACUGUCCACAUGCUGGUGUCUGCUGAUGCUGAUUCACUUUUGGGCUCAAGCAGAUGCAGCCUACAUCUGCAGCUCCUCUCAGUUAAAGUGUGGAAAUGGGAGGUGCAUCACCCGUAGAUGGAUCUGUGAUGGAAGUGAUGACUGUGGCGAUGGAACUGAUGAACUGCCCGAAACCUGUGCAUCCAAAACCUGCUCACAGACACAGUUCAACUGUGGCCUCCCCAUGAACCAGUGUGUCCCGCAGAGCUGGCACUGUGACGGCAAAGCUGACUGUGACAACGGGGCUGAUGAGAAGAACUGCACGACCAAACAAUGCAAAACUGAUGAGUUCAGAUGUGCCAACGGCCAGUGUAUAUCCUCCUCCUUCGUUUGCGACAAGGACGACGACUGCUCAGAUGGCUCGGACGAGGCUUCCUGCCCCAAACCCACCUGCAGCUCCCGGUCUUUCCAGUGCAACAACUCGGUGUGUGUGCCAGCUUUGUGGCGCUGCGACGGAGACAAAGACUGCGGCGACGGGUCUGACGAGGAGAACUGUGACGGACAGCAGCAGCACAAGACAGCAGUGCCCUGCAGCGUCCACGAGUUUCAAUGUGCUAGUGGGGAAUGCAUCCACGGAAGCUGGCGGUGUGACGGGGGCAUGGACUGCCAGGAUCAUUCGGAUGAGUACAACUGCAGUCAUCCUACUUGUCGUCCAGAUGAGUUCCAGUGUAAUGACGGCACCUGCAUCCAUGGUAGCCGCCAGUGUGACGGAGAGCACAACUGCAGGGACCUCAGCGAUGAGAUUGACUGCCACAGAGAAAAUGUAUGUGAAGGCCCCACCAUGUUCAAGUGUCACAGCGGGGAGUGUAUCAGCAUGGAGAAAGUGUGCAACAAACAGAGAGACUGCCGGGACUGGUCCGAUGAGCCUGUCAAAGAGUGUGACAAAAACGAGUGUUUGACCGGAAAUGGCGGUUGCUCCCAUCAAUGCACCGAUUUGAAGGUGGGCUUCAACUGCUCCUGCCCUGCUGGAUACAGCCUGCAGAUGGACAAGAAGACCUGUGAAGACGUCGAUGAAUGCACUGAUCCGGACACCUGCAGUCAGAUUUGCAUCAACCUGCCCGGCAGCUACAAGUGCGAUUGUGAGGAAGGCUACGAAAUCGACCCGGUGACCAAGACGUGCAAGGCUGAAUCGGGAACUGUACCCACCCUCUAUUUCACCAAUCGGCACGAGGUGAGGAAGCUGACAGUGGACCGCAGCGAGUAUGUCCGACUGAUCCCCGAGCUGAAGAACGCGGUGGCUCUGGACAUUGACAUGCCUAACAAGAUCAUCUACUGGUCUGACCUGCUCCUGAAGAAAAUCUACAGCUCCAAGAUGGACGUGGCCGGUGACUCCUCCCACCACACUGUAGUAAUUGACAGUGGGAUCGAGGCCCCGGAGGGCAUUGCUGUGGACUGGAUCCAUGGCAACAUCUACUGGACCGACAGCAUUCUGAAGACGAUCUCUGUGGCAACGACAGACGGCAGCAAGAGGAAGAACCUGAUCACAGACAACCUGGAGAAGCCGAGAGCCAUCGUAGUCGACCCCGUGAAUAACUUCAUGUACUGGACAGACUGGGGUGAGGAGGCUAAGAUAGAGAAGAGUGGGUUGAAUGGAGCGGAUCGCGUUGCCUUAGUAACAGAUAACAUCAUGUGGCCCAAUGGCAUCACCCUAGACAUGGUUAACCAUCGCCUGUACUGGGUGGACUCCAAGAUGCACACGCUGUCCAGCAUUGAUGUGAACGGAGGGACGCGUCACAGUCUCAUUUUUGACGAGGAAAAGCUCUCCCACCCCCUCUCUCUGACUGUGUUUGAGGAGAAAGUGUUUUGGACAGAUAUGAGCAACAGUGCUGUUUUCAGUGCCAACCGCCUGACAGGAAAAGACAUCACCAAGCUGGCAAUGGACCUGGACCAGCCAGAGGACAUCGUACUGUACCACAACCUCAAGCAGCCGAACGGCACAAACUGGUGCAGAGAGAGUAACAGUGUGAAUGGAGGCUGUGAGUUCCUGUGCCUCCCCGCCCCUCUGAUCAACGAGCACUCGCCUAAAUUCACCUGUGCCUGUCCUGACGGCAUGGCCAUGGGACCUGACAUGAGGAAGUGUGUGACAGAGGCUCCAGUUGCCCCUCCUGUUGAAGACAAAACUGGUGCACCGCUCCCGCCGAAAGAUACCGCCAAGCCUUCUACGCCCAGCCAGCCUGCCCCCACCACCAUCACUACAACUACAGCUACCACCAGAGCGGCCAGGAAACCCACAACGACCAUGCAGAGCACGCAGCAGCCUGCUGCCACUGGCCAAGGUAACAGAUUGGCAGCCCUGCCUGAAGAAGCCCCUUCAUCCCACCCCAUGGCUCUCUACAUCGUGGUGCCAAUAGUGGUCAUGGCCCUGCUGGUCUUUGGGGCAGUGUUCCUCUGGAGACAUUGGCGUCUGAAGAACACCAACACCAUCCACUUUGACAACCCCGUGUACCAGAAAACCACCGAGGAUGAGCUCCACAUUUGCAGGAACAGCUCAGAUGGCUAUGUUUAUCCUCAGAGACAAAUGCUGAGCAUGGAGGACAUGGAUGUUGCAUGACCCAAAGAUGAAGAAGACAGAAGCUUUAUGUGAGGGGAUUUUUUUUUCCUUUUUGGAAAAAGCCCUUUUUUUUCCUCUACUGCUGCUGCUUUGUAGCCCUUUCCCUCAACCCGCUGAGCUCAGUUUAUGGCGCAUGUUUUCUGACCUCAGCACUGUGCCGUCCAAAUCUGAUGAAAGAGAUCGAUCCUGAUGAACUGAAAAAAAAGAAAAAAAAAAUCCUUGAAACUUAAGUAUGACGAAAUAGAGCGUAACUGCAGGAAGCCAUUUGGCCAGACCACAAAAUGGUUUCAAAAUGAAGGACUGCCCCAGGUUUCAGAGGAUGAUGUUCUCUAACAGAGCUGUGACUCUUUUGAGGCUGUGUGAAAACUGUUUAUUUAAGUGUUCUCUUUGUUAACACGAUGCUGAUGCUUGCUUUACACACGUUAAAUCUGGCAAGGUUAACUUAAAAAGCCUAUAUUGACCUAUAUUGUCUUAAGAUUUGUGUGUGCCUUCCAAUCACACUCCGGCUACUUAGUGAAGUUCAUUGGAUGUACAUUAAUGCCUUACUGACCCCACUGGCCUUCAUGACUGCACUAUGGCCUUUACUGUACAGUCUGUCGGCUCCAAUAGGCAUUGGUCUCAACUGUCAACCAUCAUAGUCUGUUCCUGUAUUCUUGUUUUCUUUUCCCUUUUGUGACCCCUCGUCAAGCAUGGUCAUCUUGAGUGUGUCGAGUCACAGGUGGUUUACAUUGUAAAUGGAAAAAGCUGCUGAGUUUUCUGAAGUCAACCAAAAAUGAAGGAAAUAUUCUUUUCUAACUGAAAAAAUAUAAACUGAUCGAAGGUGAUUACUUAUCAUGAUAACAUGUAAAUAGUUUCUGUAAAUAUUUUGUAAAACACUUGUGUUCACUCUGGUGUUGCCUUUUGUACAUUUUAAUCAAGAAAUACUGUAAAUAUCUAAGAGAUUCUUUUAUUUAUUUAUGGAAAUAUAUGAGCGAUUUGAUUGUUGUCAUGCGGCUGUAAAUACAGCAAUGCUAUAUGUUACCACGGUGAAUUGUUCUUGUUCCAGAAAAAGCCAGUCUAACCAUUACAUUGUACAGCUGUUAUUUAACUCAGAUUCUAUCAAGCCUUUGGACAGUUUUGUGUUCAGGAUGAGCUGCAUGGAGACAUUUUUUUUUUUUUUACAUUUUAAAACAAGACUCUACCUGUUUCAGUUGUUAAGGAGAAUCCAGCAACAUUGGAAAACUCCAGAAAUCAUUCGCAGACUAUGAAUCUUCAACUGACUGUUUAUCAGCAUGAGGGUGAUCUGUUCCUUUACUGUUCAGUGCUACAGGAAUACACUGAGGAGGCUUUCUUCCACCAGUGUGUGUUUUUUCCAUUAUUUAUUAACCUUCUGCCGUUCUGUUACUUUUUGUUUUCACUGUGACAUUCAAGGCACAUACUGGAGUGUGCUGAGCACGAUGUUCUCCGUCACAGCGACAUGUAUGUAGGGACAAAGAAUAAUGCGCGACAGUCUGCUUGUUUGUUUUUAAUUGUGUUGGUCUUUUUUUAAUUAAAAGAAAACUCUGAACCUGA